AUGUAUGUGCUGUCACUUAUGCUUGAAGCUGUUGUUUUACUCACCUAUUCAAAUCCCUGUGAUUGUUUAACCCAAGUUUGGUUAGUCUAUUUGAUACGAAUUCCAGCCUUUAUCUACAAUUUUGGCUCUCCUUUAUUUCACCUUGCUAUAACGAUUGAACGCGUUUUGGCUACAGUUUACGUCAAAAUUUAUGAAAAUCAAGGGAAAUUUUUUGGGGUUAUUAGUACAGUUAUCGUGUGGUUAUUAAAUCUAAUGUUGGGUCUUUACCUUUAUAUAACGUCACAAAUGGAUACUGACACAUUUAGCCAUCCAAUGGUUUAUAUACUACUAACAACUAGUUAUAAUUCCCAAAUGAUUAUAUACUUACACUAUUUUUCCUUGUUUUUGGUGAUAAGUAUAGCUAUAAUUGAUUAUUAUUUAAUUCGUCGAAAUCAAAAAAUCAAAUUAAAUUUGUAA